AUGUCUCAACUUCAGAGCGAGGAUAUUAUCUUCUCAAAUUACGGCAAUGGCAAACAAACCUUUAUCAUAUCCUUGACUUUCACAGAUAUAAGCGAUGCUAAGGAUAUCAUCACAGGGAUCGGAUAUGGCGGUGACAUCUGGGAAUUGAGAGUGGACCUUCUUAGCCCACCUGGCAAUGAGGUUGGCGAUGUGAAUCUGCCUUCCUUAGAUUACGUCAAGGAGCAGGUGGAGGCUCUGCAAGCAAUGUCUUCCCUGCCUAUCCUUUUUACUAUCCGCACCAAGUCGCAAGGUGGCAAGUUUCCUGACGAUGCGAGUAAGGAGGCUUUGGACCUCAUUUUGCUUGCUAUUGCGUCCGGAAUAUCCUAUGUUGAUGUGGAAAUUGAUUGGCCUCCGGUUAUGCUCAAAGAGAUUACGGAGAAAAAGAGUUCUACAAAGUCGUGGCCUCCUACCAUAGCUGGACUGGAAAGGUGGGAUGGACGAGUGAAGAGCUCGUGCAAAGGUUUGCUGCAGCCGAUGCGUUGGGUGUCUCAAGACGCAGAUAUCAUCAAAUUAAGUAUACUCUCACCCGCAAUCGAGGAUUGCUAUGAGCUAGGCUUGUUUGUUCGCGAUUACAAACUAAAAUAUCCGAAACCACUCCUUGCUGUGGGAAUGGGGGCAAAUGGGCAGCUUUCGAGAAUUACGUCCCCGAUCUCACUUGUCACCCACCCCUUGAUUCCAUUCCCUUCGGCGCCUGGCCAACUCAGUCUAGCGCAAGUUCAUCAAGCACGCCACCUCAUCGGAAAGCUACCUAAGCAGAAAAUUUCAGUGGUAGAUGAGGAAAAUUUCACUCAAAAGGUCUCGCGCGCUCUACAAGCUGCCUUCUUGGAGUUGGGCUACCCACAUUUGUGCAGUGUCUACAAAGGAAAAAUGGGAAUGUAA